UGGCCAGUAGCAGUCUCUUUCCUUCGGCAGUGUUUGGGGGUGGGGUACCGCUUCCUCCUGUGUUGAAGCAGCCUUUCCCUGUCUUCUCUGCACUACGCUACGCCCGCAGUCCCCGCACCCAGCAGCAGAGUACAAUGUCCACAGGCAAAUGCGAUAAGGUGAGGAAGAGAGAGCACGGGAUGGGUUGAGAAACAAGAUGGAGGGAGAAAGUGGGCAGCCUGCUGGAUCUUGGCAUCUCGCCGCCGCUCAUUUCCGCUCCACCUGUUACUGAGGGAAGUGCUAUCUUUUUCUUGGCUCCUGUUUGGUGCAGUGUGGGCUAGUUAUCUACUAGUAGUAUCUUCGGGCCAGUUCAAGACUUAGCCGCUGUUAUGAUUUUGAGGAUAAGAUAUUGCAUCUCUGCACAGUUCUAAGCGCUGAGGAAGUAAAAUAUCAUUUAUCGGCUAGAGUAGUCUCUGUUGCUAUCCGGCACCAAUGGCGACUUUGGUCCGUCAUGAUUCAAGGCAGUACUCGUGGUGGAUUAGCCAUAUCAGCCCCAAGAACUCGAAAUGGCUCCAGGAAAAUGUCAGCGACAUGGACUCAAAGGUUAAAGCAAUGAUCAAACUUAUCAAUGAAGAUGCUGAUUCUUUUGCAAAGAGAGCAGAGAUGUACUACAAGAAACGUCCAGAGCUAAUGAAUUUGGUGGAGGAAUUCUAUCGAGCGUACCGUGCACUGGCAGAAAGAUACGAUCAGUCCACUGGGGCACUUCGCCAGGCUCACAGAACAAUUUCUGAAGCAUUUCCAAAUCAGAUGCCAUCAAUGUCAGACGAGUCACCCUCUGCUUUCAGCCAAGAGAUGGAGCCUCAUACUCCAGAUACGUCUACUCUCACACGUGUGGCAUUUGAUUACGAUGAUCUUCAGAAGGAUGGAGUUGGUGUGUCACCACAAAGUUUCACCUCCAAGAGGAAUGGUACACACCCUGAGGAAACCAGUGCGCUGUCAUCGAGUGUUGAAAAUGCUCCUCGUGCUGGUUUUGAUGGAAAGGUAUGGAAAGGACUAACUUUUGAAGGCCCAAAUGUCAAAGGGAAAGAUGAUAUUAGCAACGAGAUGGCAAAUUUGCAACAAGAAGUUGCAAGACUAUUAGCUGAGAGCCAGGAUCUGAAACAGCAGAUGUUUUCAGAAUCCGAGCGGGCAAACAAAGCUGAAAAUGAGAUGCAAAUGCUCAAGGCAACAGUAUUGCAAUUAAAUGCUGAAAAAGACACAUCACUUAUGCAAUAUAAUAAUUCCUCUGAGCGAAUAUCUACAUUGGAGUCUGAGCUAUCGAAGGCUCAGUCUGACCUUGAGAAGUUAACUGAUGAAAUGGCUGCAGAUGUCCAGAAGCUAAUUAAUGCUGAAACACUCAAUAUUGCUAUACAGUCUGAGGCUGAGGGUUUGGAUCAGAAGAUGAAGAUGCAGCAACAAGCACUAGAACAAAAGCUUAAGGAAUUGGAGAGUUUCCGCUCAAGCUUCCAGGAGGAGCAUGAAAAGCGCAUGCAGGCUGAAAGUGCUCUACUUUCCCAGAGGAAGGAACUUGCUCAAUCUCAUGAAGAAGUGCAGAGGUUGGCUAUAGAAAUAAAGACAGCGAAUGAAAAGUUGAAUGAGUUCAAGCAGACCAAGGAGGUCCUUGAGUACACUGUUUGUGAGCUGAAGAAGGAUGUUGAGCGCCUUACAGAACAAAACCAGUCCUCUGAGGUGCUUGUACAGAAACUUGGUGACCAGAUUAAUACACUCAAGGAUUCAAAUAAUGAACUUCAAAGUGAAAUACAAAGCCUUAAGAGCAUCAUUUCACAGCUAAACACUGAGAAGAAUGCAGCUGUGCUUCAACACCAGCAGUUUGUGGAACUGGUUUCGGUACUUGAAUCUCAGUUGUCGAAGCUACAGUCAGAGCUAGAUGAGACUGAGCAGAAAGUACAGAUGCUGACACAUGAUCUUGAAAAGAAGAAAGAAGAAGCGGACAAUGUCCAUCUCAAGCUGCAAGAUGAAUGCCAUAGGCGUAUGCAAAUUGAGGCAACUCUUCUCAUGACAGAGGGUCUGCAUUCCCAGUUGCAAGAAGAAAUGCAAAUGUUGACACAAGAUUUUGACGGGUCAACAAAGAAGCUCAGUGAGUUGGAAAAAAAUAAGUUAGACCUGGAGAGCAUACUGAAAGAACUGAAUAACACCAUUUUAGGUUUGAACUCGGAGAAGGAUGCAACACUCCUUCAGCAACAGCAGUCUUUACAGAAAGUAUCUGAUUUGGAGUUAGAACUCUCAAAGAUGCAGUUGGAAAUGGAGGUCCUUGAAGACACUGUUUGUGAGCUGAAGAAGGAUGUUGAGCGCCAUACAGAACAAAACCAGUCCUCUGAGGUGCUUAUACAGAAACUUGGUGAGGAGAUAAAUACAAUCAAGGAUUCGAAGAAUGAACUUCAAAGUGAAAUACAAAGCCUUAAGAGCAUCAUUUCACAGCUAAACACUGAGAAGAAUGCAGCUGUGCUUCAACACCAGCAGUCUAUAGAGCUGGUUUCGGUACUCGAGUCUCAGCUGUCGAAGCUACACUCAGAGCUAGAUGAGAUUGAGCAGAAAGUACAGUUGCUGACACAUGAUCUUGAAAAGAAGAAAGAAGAAGCGGACAAUGUCCAUAUCAAGCUGCAAGAUGAAUGCCAUAGGCGUAUGCAAAUUGAAGCAACUCUUCUCAUGACAGAGGGUCUGCAUUCCCAGUUGCAAGAAGAAAUGCAAAUGUUGACACAAGAUUUUGACAGGUCAACAAAGAAGCUCAGUGAGUUGGAAAAUAAUAAGUUAGACCUGGAGAGCAUACUGAAAGAACUGAAUAAGACCAUUUUAGGUUUGAACUCGGAGAAGGAUGCAGCACUCCUUCAGCAACAGCAGUAUUUACAGAAAGUAUCUGAUUUGGAGUUAGAACUCUCAAAGAUGCAGUUGGAAAUGGAGGUCCUUGAGGACACUGUUUGUGACCUGAAGAAGGAUGUUGAGCGCCAUACAGAACAAAACCAGUCCUCUGAGGUGCUUAUACAGAAACUUGGUGAGGAGAUAAAUACACUCAAGGAUUCGAAGAAUGAACUUCAAAGUGAAAUACAAAGCCUUAAAAGCAUCAUUUCACAGCUAAACACUGAGAAGAAUGCAGCUGUGCUUCAACACCAGCAGUCUGUGGAGCUGGUUUCGGUACUCGAAUCUCAGCUGUCAAAGCUACAGUCAGAGCUAGAUGAGACUGAGCAGAGAGUACAGUUGCUAACACAAGAUCUUGAAAAGAAGAAAGAAGAAGCAGAUAAUGUCCAUCUCAAGCUGCAAGAUGAAUGCCAUAGGCGUAUGCAAAUUGAAGCAGCUCUUCUCAUGACAGAGGGUCUGCAUUCCCAGUUGCAAGAAAAAAUGCAAAUGUUGACACAAGAUUUUGAUGGAUCAACAAAGAAGCUCAGUGAGUUGGAAAAUAAUAAGUUAGACCUGGAGAGCACACUGAAAGAACUGAAUAACACCAUUUUAGGUUUGAACUCGGAGAAGGAUGCAGCACUCCUUCAACAACAGCAGUCUUUACAGAAAGUAUCUAAUUUGGAGUUAGAACUCUCAAUGAUGCAGUUGGAAAUGGACAAGUCUGAACAAAAAAUUCUCUUACUGGAACAAGAAAUUGCACGGAAGAAUGGAAGUGUCGACAGCCUGGAGAUAAGUUUGAAAGAUGAAUGUGAGAAGAGGCUACAAGCCCAAAAAAUGUAUUCCCAGUCACAGGAAGACGUUAGUAGGUUGUACAUAGAGAUAGAGAAGCAGAAUGGCAAGUUGAAUGAGUUGGAGAACUUGAUAUCCGAACUUAACAACACCAUCCUACUUAUAAACACUGAGAAAGAUGCCACCCUCCAUGAGAACCAGCAGUCCUCAGUGAGAAUAUCAGAUCUUGAAUCUGAACUCAUGGCCUUGAAAACCGAACUGGAAAAUGUUGAAGGGAAAGUUCAUGCGGUAGAGCAAGAACUCAUAUAUAAGAAAGAAGAAGCAGAUAACCUCCAAAUUAGCCUACAAGAUGAAAUUCAAAAACGAGUUGAAGGUGAAGAAUCUCUUCUUAUGAUGACAAAUCUUCACUCUGGGUCACAAAAUGAAGUGAGAGGGUUGGCAUUGGAACUUGAGAAGCUGAAUGGUAAUUUAAGACAGGUGGAGAACAGUAAGGUUGAUCUUGAGAACAUUGUAACCAAGCAUACCGAGGAAAUUCAUAUCCUUCGUGAACGGAAUCUUUCUACUGACCUUAUGAUAAAGGACCUUCAUCUUGAAUUGGACGCACUGAAGGAUUUGAACGUGAAACUUCAGACAGAAAUGGGGUUACACAUAGGUGAAAAAGAAGCACUUCAGAGAGAAUUUACUUCUCAAAGGGAAGAGAAGAAAAAUCUAGAGGGGAUACACCACACUCUGGUUGAUGAGAUGAGUACCCUAAAAACCACUGCAACAAUGAACCAGAAGCUGAUUGAGGAACUGCAAAUUACAAACUCAAAACUGAAGGAGGUGUGUGCAAAGAGUGAGGUUGAGAAGGCACUUCUCUCAGAAAAACUCCAAGAGGUGGAGAAGCUAUCUGAAGAAUGUUCACUCUUGGAGAACUCACUUUCAGAUGCAAAUGCUGAAAUGGAUGCAUUGAGGGAUAAAAUAAAGGCACUUGAGGCUUUAGAAAGCUCUCUCAAGGAUAUAAUUUCCUGUCAUGUUUCUGAGAAGGCUGUUCUUGUAUCAGAGCUAGAGAUCCUUGGUAAAAGAUUAUCUGAUGCUUCAGAGAAGAAUUCUAUCAUGGAUAGCUCAUUGUUUGAUAUGAAAAUGGACCUAGAAGACUUGAGAACAAAGUUGAAAGAUUCUGAAGAAUCCUGUCAGGCUCUCCUUGCAAAUAAUUCAGCUCUUUCUGGUGAAGUGGAUGCAUUAAGAGAGAAGAUAAAAGCACUACAGGACUCAGAAAGCUCUCUGAAGGAUGCAAUUUCCUGUUAUGUUUCUGAAAAGGCUGUUCUUGCAUCAGAGCUAGAGAUCCUUGGUAAAAGUUUAUCUGAGGUUUCAGAGAAGAACUCUAUUUUGGAUAUCUCAUUAUGUGAUAUGAAAACUGAGCUAGAUGAAUUGAGAACAAAGCUGAAAGAUUCUGAAGAAUCCUGCCAGGCUCACCUAACAAAUAAUUCAGCUCUUUCUGCUGAAAAGAACAAUCUGUUCUCUCAGUUGGAGAGCAUUACAUUGGCUAUGAAAGCCCUAGAAGGUAUGCAUGCCAAUCUGGAACAGAAGCACUCCUCUGUAUCAAGAGAGAAGGAUUUUGCAUAUGAUCAAGUAAGGGAACUGCAGGAUCAAUUGAGAAUUAAGAACGAGGAAUUUGAAGUGUCAGCAAAGUCACAUCAACUUCAAGCAAACAGCUAUGAGAAACAAAUUUUUUCUCUACAAGAGAAAAACCAUUAUAUGGAGGAGGUGCUUCAACAGGAACAACAGAAAAACAUAAAUGCUUCUAUUAGUACAGUUAUUUUGGAGAACUGUUUGGUCGAUGAGCAAGACAAGAAGGUUGCUCUUUUCACUGAAUGCCAAAAGUAUGCUGUGGAAAAUCAUUCAGCCAAUAUGUUAGUUUCAGAGUUAAUGGAGGAAGCUAGAUAUCAUGGGGAGGAGAGAAAAAAAUUGCUAGCGCACAAUGAAAAACUGAGGGAAGGGAUUUCAAAUCAAAUGAAGUUUCUGAAUAUCUGCAAAGAUCUAGGACCUGCUGAUUUAGCUGAGGACGAAGUUCUGUUGCAGACUGUUUCAGAUGAAACUAUUAACAUUAUGAGACUUAAGGAUGAAACUGAAGAUGUGAAUAGGCUCAUGGACACCGAGCUCUCAGUUCUCUCAGUAGUUUUGUUGCAAGUAGGGAUGGAGCUUAGAGACUUGCAUUUACAGAAGUGUGCCCUUGAGAAAGAAGUGGAGAGUGGAGAAAAAGAGACGCUUUCUUUGCAAAAUCAAAACCAGCAGAUGUUGGAACAGAAUGAACAACUAAGGAGUGGAUUACAGGAAAGCAGUGAAGGGGUGGAGGUGCUGAAAACUGAAGUAUUUGUGAUACAAGAGAAACUAUCUUGCUUGAGAGAGUCCUACCAGACCUCACAAGAUGAAAUUUCCAACCUGACUAAAAAAAAUGAGUCCUUGUCUAAGGAAUACCAGUCCUUGAGUGAGAAGUACAAUGCCUUGGAAGAUGAGAAUGAUACUAUUUUUGAAGAAUGCAUGAUGCUCAAGAACUUGUGCCUGUUCUUUAGGGGACAUAAUAAUGAGAUUGCAUCUGCAUUGGCUUCUCUUACCGAUGAGAUGGCUUUGUUGAGUUUGGCUAAGGGCGACCUCGAUCUCCAAGUUAAUGAGCUGAACAGAAGGUCAGUAAUGCUUGAAUCAGAAAAUUAUCACUUAAAGGACUAUAUCAUCUACUUGGUAGAGAUUCUCAGGACUAGAUUAGUCCUUUCAGAGUUUGAUUUGGACACCAAUCGAAGUGUCUUCCAGGAGUUAGUUGUGGAACUUGAGAAUUGCAUGACACAGUUGGUGCAGAAGGAUGAUGAGCUAAUGGAAGCAGAAGAGAAGGUUCAACUCUUGCAAGAAAAGAACCGGGAACUCUGUGGAGUUGUUGGGUCUCUUCAGGUUGCAAUGGAAGGUGCUAAAGUGGUGAAAGGAGAACUGGAGAAGAAAAUCACAAUACUGAUUGAACAGUGUUCUAGCAAGGACGACAAAAUUUUACUUCUUCACCAAGACAAUGAGGCAUUGCAAUCAGAGAUUGAGCAAUGUGAGAGGGAAUUUGUUGAGCUGAUGGAUGAUGCCAUUACUUUUUCAGUGAAUUCUGCGGUCUAUGAAGAAAAAGCAUUCGAGCUUAUGAUGAAUGGUAAAGCUACAGAGAAUAGAGCAAUAUCCCAAAAGGAGUUGCUAAUGAAGGAGAUCUCUUCUCGAGAUGCUAAUAUUGAGGAGUUGCAGAAAAGGCUGGCUGGUAUUCAGGAUGAACAUGCAGAACUAAAAGCUGAGUUGAACACACAUCUAGCUCUCAUAGCAUCAUUGGUUGAUCAUGUCAGUGUGCUGGAAGAAGAUGUUCGUUCUCUGUCAAAACCAUGUAGUACAGAAGGCAAAGAGGAAACUGCAAGGGUACAUCAUGUGCAAGAGGGCGACGAUGGGCUGGAAUCUCAUUGCUUAGUCAAUGGAACUCCAAAGUUACAAGGGUUGAUUGCAAGAAUAGAAGCACUUCAAGUGGUUGUAUUAAAUGCUAAAGAUCGUCAAGAUCGUAAAUCAGCCGAGUCUGCAGCUAAACUGGCGGCAGCAAGUGCAGAAAUUCAAGAGCUUAAAACAAGAGGCGGCUCACGCAUGGAGGCAAAAGAAAUAUGUUCUGACAAUGAGAAACAAGAUGUUGAGGUCUCCAAAGGGAAGCAAGUCCAGAUCAUGAAGGAUAUUGAGCUGGACCAAAUAUCUACUUGCCCUCCAUAUGGCGCUGGAGCUGCCCUCUACCCCCAUGGAACUGGUGCAAAUGCUGAACUAGAUGACGAUAUGCUUCAGCUGUGGGAGGCUGCGGAGAGGAGCUGCAAGAACCAAACGGCCAAGUCCUCGUCAUCUGAGCACGACAUACAGGCGGUCGAGGAUCUGGAGAGCGAGUGCCCUUCGUCUGAGCUAGCGAGGGGAAGAGACCUUGGAACCAAUAAGCUAGAAGUGCCAAAGGGAGCUGUAGAGCCUCACGAGGCGUGGAGCAAGAACGUGCUUGAGAGGCUCACUUCUGAUGCCCAGAGGCUGUUGAGCAUCCAAGCGAGCAUCGAGGAACUGAAGAAGAAAAUGGAGGGGUCCUCGAAGGGUACGAAUUCUGAGUACGGCAGUGUGAGCGCUCAGGUGCAUGAGACGGAGGGUCUUGUCUUGGAACAGAUCAAUUCCAACAACAAGUUGAGCAGGAAGGCUGAGAACUACCCCGCAUUGUCAGAUAAUACGAGCACCGAGCGAGGAGGGUAUUCCAGCAGGAGGAAGAUCUCGGAGCAGGUGCAGAGAGGGUCGGAAAACGUGGCAAGGUUGGAACUGGAGCUCCAGAAGAUCCAGUACGUCUUGCUGAAGCUUGAGGAGGAGCACGAGUACACAAGGCUCAAAGUCUCUGAUAAGCGCACUCGUGUGCUUUUGAGGGACUACCUGUAUGGAAGGAAGGACCGUGGAGGCGGGCAGAAGGGAAAGAAGAAGCGGGUCCCGUUCUGUGGUUGUGUUCGUUCGAAAUCAAGAACAGAGCCGUAGCCUUUUUGUUCUCGCACCCCUGCGCGUUGGAAGAGGUGGUGGUGUCCUUUAGGAUGAAUCCCCUUUGUAACUGAGUUUAGUAUCCUGAUGAAGAAGCCUAUGUACUAGAUUUUUGGUUUCCUGUCUAGAUGAGGCCGUUCUUCUAGCCAGUUUAAUCUCAGGUAUUACUGUGAUGUAUCAAGGACUGCUCUUUCUAUAUAUAUAAUAAUAGCUUCAUGUUUGUAUAGCC